UCCAAGUGAGAUGAUAAGUACGAUAGCCGAAAGCAUGCUUACUAAAUUUAAUUCUUAUUGGGCUAAUGUUAGUGUUGUUAUGGCUAUUUCUGUUAUCUUAGAUCCAAGAUAUAAGAUGAAAUUAUUGGAGUUUUAUUAUCCUAGCAUUUAUGGUGUUAAUUCUGAUUUGGAGAUUGAAAAAAUUAAGAAUCUUUGUUAUGAUUUGCUUGAUGAGUAUGGAGAUGUAGAUGAGUGUCCUGUAGAUAAUGAAGGAAGUUCUCAUAUGCCUGCAAGUACUUCAAAUCAAGGGGCACAAAUAAAAUUUAGGUUGAUUGGGUCAAUGUCAAGGUUUGAUGGGUUUGUGAACAAUAGUUCAAGUAGUUCAAAGAAACAUGGGAGUGGUAGAAUGGAAUUUGAUCAUUUCAUUGAUGAGGGAGUGUUGAAGAGGAGUGAAGACUUCGAUAUUUUGGCAUGGUGGAAAAAUAAUGGUCUCAAGUAUCCUACUUUACAAAGGAUUGCAAGAGAUGUUUUAGCCAUUCCCGUCACAACUGUUGCUUCAGAAGCUGCUUUUAGCACUAGUGGGAGACUUUUAAGUCCACACCGCAGUAGACUACAUCCCAAGACUAUAGAGGCAAUGAUGUGUGCUCAGAAUUGGUUAUGGAGUGAAAUCAACGGUUCUUCAAUUAUACCAGGAGAUAGUACAUUUCAAUCCAUUCUUAAUGAUGGGGAGCCAAAUGAAGAUGAUGGGAGUUGUGCCACAAUUGAUGGGAGUUGCAUCACAAUUGAUGAAGAUUAAAUAUUUUGUAUUAAUUUAGUAGUUUUUUUAAUUUCUUGGACUUGUUGAAUUAAUUUGUUGGUAUGUAAUUAUUCUAAACUUGUGGCCUUGUGGGAUUUAUUUUGUAGCUUUUUAAUUUCUUGGACUCGUUGAACUUUUGAUACUUAUUUCUUAAACUUGUUGGAUUUAUUUUAUUUUUA